UAAAAAUUUUAUAGCUCAGCAAACAAAAUAAAUUAUAAUAUGUAUUGAUGAUAAGGAACAGUAUUGAAAGAAAAUUUCAUGAUAGGAACUAAAUAUGUUGCUACAUAUUGUAAUAAUAGAGGUGUGCCUUUUGUAUUUUAAUUCUGCAUCAGAAUAUUUGAAUACAAAUGCAAAUAAUGCAGUUGUAAACUCCAAAAUGAACAUUGAAGACUCGCCAUCAAUUGAAAACAGUAGGCGCUACCGCAAGCCUGAUCUGCGCAUACGCAACGAUUACUCAGUCAAUUUCGAGGACAAGAGCCUGCGCAUACGCGGGGGGAACAUAACAGAUAUAAGUAACUUCCCGUACAUGGCCGCCAUCAUCAUCAACGGCCGGUUAUGGUGUGCGGGCGCCAUUGUGGACGAAAACUGGGUAGUGACCGCGGCUCAUUGUCUUAAUUAUGUUCUACACGUAUCACCGAUGAAGUCUCUUGGAAAGUACGUGAAAAUCCGAGUAGGAAGCGUUCGACCGCACGAAGGAGGCAUCUUAGUGGAUGUAGUUGGUGCGGUCAGACACCCAAAGUUUGAGGAGGAACCGGUCCCUCACGCUGAUGUGGCCUUGUUGAAGUUGGCUGAAAACUUGGAAUUCAGUACACAUGUAAACUUGAUCAAAAUCUACGAUGGGCUUAAAGAGCCAUAUGCGCAGAGUUUCGUUGUUGUCUCUGGUUGGGGAGCGACGAGCGGUUCAGACACAGCUUUCCGGGACCACACACCGGACUUAUUAAGCACAAGGUUAAAAGUCCGCACAAGACAUUACUGCAUAGACGCUUACCAACUGGUCAACGGGUUCCAGUUCACAGAAGACUUCUUCUGUGCUUCUCUAAGGAACGGCAUCAGAGAUGCCUGUCUGUUCGACGCAGGCGCACCCGCUGUGCAACAAAAUCGAUUGAUGGGCAUUAUGAGUUUCGGUCCUGAGCGUUGCGGACACGAAUUCCAGCCGACUGUUUUUAUCAAAGCAUUCUAUUUUAGAGACUUCGUGAAAUCAACGAUAGCAUCGUAUAAAAAGACAGCCGAUCUCAUUGAGGCGAUGAAACAAAUGGAGCCGGCUUUAAAUCCUCGUGGUCCGAUGAAUGUUGCCGGAAUUGAGGAAGAAACACCGAAGGACGUGCACUUAGGCUUUAGCGAUGACGUCACAGUGCCAGACCAUAGACACGAUUAGACUUACACAGAUAUUUAUUUAUAUAUAUGUACAUAAAAAUAAAAUUAUGUAUAUAAUAAAAAUUGCUGCACGAUAUUUUUUA